GCGUCGGACAUGAUGACCAUCCAGUUUGACAUGGUCGAGCUCCGGAACCGGCUGAGCGACCAGUCCAAGGCCAUCGCCGCGAACCAGGAGGCGCUGGAGGCGGGCCGAUCGCAGCUGGAGGAGAAGGACGACAAGCUCCGCGCCGCGCUGGAGCGGCAAGAGGAGCUGAUGAGCGAGUUCAACGCCGUGACGGAGAAGCUCCAGGAAAAGGUGGACCACCUCUCCAGGGACCUGGAGGGCAGCCGGUCGUCCUACCACGCUCUCGAG